AUGGAGUGCCAGCUGCCAAUGAGGAAGGUCCUGAGUGGCAUCUUUGCUCAGGCUAAUAGUCAGGGUGAAGUCCUGAUUCAACCCUCUGAAGGUGCUGCAGCCCAAACGCCGCUUGCAGCAAAUACUAGCGUCCUCGCCCGUGCCGGUGCCCAAGCCGGCGCCAGGGUCAGGGACGACCGCGCCAGCGGCCACUGCGCCGGUGGCCAUUCCUGUGCCCGCGCCCCCUGCGUGCGGUCCUCCGCUGUCCUCUGUGAUUUAACACCCCGUUGUCUCUACCUGGUCAGGUUUGACUACUGCAGGUUCAUAGAGCUAGACUACGUUCCCAUGGAGACAGGCUACAUGGUCUCAAUGCGACCGACUAAAGGCUAUUCAUCGACCAAGUCGCCAACCAAAGGAUACACUUCCACCAAGCGGACACCGGCCGCGCCCAGUAAUAGAGAUCCCUAUGGCAACACCUCCCUCAGCAGCAGCAGCAACUCAGGCUCUUGUAAAGGCAGCGACUGCAGCCCUACCAAAGGACGUCACCAGAAGUACACGUCGUGCACAGACAACCAUGGUAUUCGACCUCCUCCACCAGAGCAGUACCUCACACCCUUGCAGCAGAAGGAGGUGUGUAUCCGACACCUGCGGGCCAGGCUAAAAGAAACCAUCAACACACUGCAAGACAGGGACACAGAGAUAGAUGAGCUGAGAGGGCAGCUUUACAGGAUGCAGGAGGACUGGGUUGAGGAGGAGUGUCACCGUGUGGAGGCUCAGCUGGCCCUGAAGGAGGCGCGCCAGGAGAUCCAGCAGCUCAAACAGGCUGUAGAAACUGUCCGUGCCAGGCUCAGUGAUGCCGGGGGACUCAGUGGGGACAUAGGGGUCCAGAAGUACUUCCAGGACAUCAAUACUCAAAACCAUAAGCUAGAGAACCUUUUGCUGAGUAUGGAGUUAGCCCAGGCUGGAUUAGCCAAAGAGGGGGAGGCCAUACCAGGCUGUAGGAUCCGUGUUGGGGGUUCAGCACCAGCGUCGGUAUCCGGGGAGAGUCCAGGGGGAAUACCCAAACCAGCAGUAGGCGGGAGGGGGUCUUGCUCCUGCGAUGCUUCCCCAGCUCGUUCUCUGACCAGGAGCUCCACCUACACUAAGCUCACAGAUCCGGCACUGGCGGACCAGAACGGCAAUGGGCAAGACUUUCCUUGUCUGUCAGGAGACGGCACCCAGGACAGUGGCUUUGUGUGCUGUGGGGAGAGCAGCGUCCCCAGCCGGGCCGACCUGCUGCUGGAGGCCGCCUUCCUCUCUGAGGAGACAGCAUCUUUACUCAACUCCUACACACAGAUGCCUCACUCCUCCACCUAUGAGAAGCUGUGCACAGGCGAGCGGCUGGCACCCUUUCGUUGUGGCCUGGGUGGAGUCAGCUGUAUGAGCCACCCCUGCCUGUCCCACCACCACCUGUAUCUGCAUCCGCUAAGGGAGACAGGCAUUCAGACUGAAAGCUGCCCCAUCCCCACAGCAGCUGGUUACCCCUCUGACCUGGAUACCAUUGCAGAGCAACGCACCUUCCGCUCCCAGGCUUGCAGCCCCACCUCCACCUGGAUAUCAGAUGAGGGGGAGGAGGAGCUGGACUCCAUCACCACCACAACUUCGGUAACCACAGCAACGGUCAUGAGUACAGCCACGGAGCCUAUCCCGGUCUCCAAAACACCGCUUGUCCCUCCCUUACCACGGCUGGAGGAUGAAGGGCAGCAGAGGCAGAUGGGCUCAGGGGGAGGAAAUGAGGUGGAAGGUCAAGGUGCGGUGGAGGAGGCAGCGCCAGAAAAACUGUGCGACUCAGCAGAGAAAUCACCAGGGAUGCAGGGUGAGCUUAGGUUUGCAGGAUGCUGUGGAGAAAGCAGGCAGAGUGGGACAACACUGAGGAAGCUCAGCAUGGAAGAAGUUGGCCUAUCAGCAGGAUCAACUCAGGUAGAGACAGGACAGUUGAGUCCAAAUCACCCAGGAUUAUCACCAGGUGUAGAACAGCCUUAUACCUCCCAACCGAGGAGAUCGACUUCCCAUGAAGAGAUAGCUGGUGUCACUGUAGUUGAGGUGCAUGAUGAGGACGAUGAUGAAGAUGAAACUAAAGAACAAGGUGCCGCAGGAGGCGCCGCAGCAGAGAAGGAAGAUUCAUCUGACUCAUCUGACGGGACGAUUCAGAAAAGCUACUGGAGUCGUCACUUCCUGGUUGAUCUGCUAGCAGUGGCCAUCCCUGUGGUGCCAACAGUGGCGUGGCUGUGCCGCGGUCCAGUCCGUGAUGGACAGCCCAUGUAUCACAUAGGGUCACUGCUGCGAGGCUGCUGCACUGUGGCACUGCACUCGCUGCGCAGGGGAGGUGGAUUGAGGCAUUACCCCGCAGGCGGGGGAGACAUGGGCGGAUCACAGAUAUGA